AUGAAAAUCGCCUUUGUAGUCCUUGCCAUAGUCAGUCUAGUGCAUUGUCGCUACCGCCGUUGGGGCUACAUGAGAACACCUCCACCACCAUCGUUUCUCAAAGAUGUCAACGAAACAGGCCGCCAGGAGUACUAUUACAUAGUAACUAAUAUGAGUCUCACGAUCGCGGAGCAGAAAAAUGAGAUUCAGACUUGGGCAGCACAGUACAACGUU